AUGACAAGCGGCUGCUCUGCCCACGGAGCUUCCCCCCUUCCUGCGUGGGCGCCCCACGCCCUUGUGCCGCCCGGCUGCGCCCAGCCCCCGGGAGAGGCCGAGACCGCGCCGCGCGAGCGGAGAGCGGCUGCAGCCCCGGCCCGGGCUCCGGGAGAAGCGGGGGGCGAGAUGUCUGCAGGGGUCGCCGCUGCCCAGGUGCCAGUGACAUUUGAAGAUGUUGCUGUCAGGUUCUCCGCAGAGGAGUGGCAGAUCCUGGAGGAAUGGCAGAAGGAGCUUCAUAAGGAAGUGAUGGAGGAGAAUUACCAGUUGCUGAUCUCGCUAGGUCAGCCAGUUCCCACGCUGGCUCUUCUGGCCCUGGCGGCGGAGCGGGAGGCAGCUGGCGGCCAGAUCCGCGGCAUCUCUGGAGAGCGAGAGCUCGCCAGUGACAGCGGCAGCUCGGAGGGUGAAGAACUGGCCUUUCCAGAGGAUGAUCCAGAUGUGGGCGGAUUCUGGGACUCAGGGCAAACAGAAGAGGACGGGUGCCCCACAGGGGAUGAGGAAGGAGCGCAUCAGGGCAGCCUGCACCUUAGCGCACUGAUGAAGCUGGUGAAGGAAAUCCCGGAAUUUCUCUUGGGGAAUUCAAAGGCCCCUGUGGAGCCAGCUGAGGCUGCUGAUAGUGAAGCUGAGAUGGGCUCUGAGAGGGCGUAUGCUGAUGUUAAACCAGAAGUAACUCCAGAGACUCCACCUCCCUUUGGCCUGGAGAACUGUUUAAUGGAAGUAUCUGUCAAUAGACCCAGUCAUCCCGACACACCGAGCAGCUGUGUGUCCACCAGCAGCACAGAAGGGGCUCCGCUUAGGAGACUGUACGCAGAAGUGGCUCCGGAGAAUAGCCCCCUCCAAGGUCUGCUGAACUGCCUGAAGGAAAUUCCCAUCCACAGACCCCGUCACCCCAACAUGCAGAGCCCCGGUGCACAAGGAGACGUGGAACACAAGAGAGGUAGCCCCCUCCAAGGCCUGCUGAACUGUCUGAAGGAAAUAAUUGUUCAUAAGCCCCAUCAUCCCCACCCAUCGCCCUGCAAAUCGGCCAAGGACAGCACGCGAGGAGACUCAGGGCAGAGGAGGCUGGAGAGCGAGGAUGGGAGCUCGUCUGUAGAAGUGAAAACAGAAGUAACGGCAGAGGAUCCACAGGACCCCGGCUUGGAGAGCUGCCCUUCAGCCAGGCCUGUGAGCAAAGCCAGCCCUCCUGCCACGCCGUCCAGCCGCUCCCCCCGUAGCAGGGCGGAAGGAGAGGCUGGGGGUAGGAGCCUAUUUGGUGAAGGAGCUGUUAAAAGGGAAGGAGCUGCGGAGAGCUCCUCCACCCAGGGCCUGCUGAGCUGCUGGAGAGACGUGACCAGCCCCUGUCAUCCCACCCCACCAGCCUGCAGCUCCCCCACCAGCAGCGCCCACCGGAAAGCGGAGCAGAGGGGGCUGGAGCCAGGGCCCUGGUGUGGUCCUUGGGAAGCAGAGGCAGCGCUGGAGGACUCACCGCUGCGCGGCCUAGAGAACUGCCUGAAGGACAUUGCUGUGACCAGCCCCCGUUGCUCCCACCCGCCCGCCAGCCGCGGCGCGCGGAGAGCCCUGGGGGAGAGGCCAGGGCGAGGAGCUGGGAGCCCGUCCACCGAAGAAGCAGCGACAGAGGAUUCCCCCCUCCGCGGCCUGCUGAGCUGUGUGACUGACACGGCUGUACCCUACCCCCAGCAUCCCAGCCUGCCAACCUGCAGUGCCUCAGCCAGCGGCGCCGAGCGGGAGAUGGAGACGGGGGGAGUGGAGGCCGGGCUCUGGAACUCGUCCCCCGAAGAGAUGACGCCAAGGACCAGCCCCCUCCAUGACCUGGCGAACUGCCUGCAGGAAACACCUGUCAGUACAUCCGGGGCUUCCCAAGUGCUCACCCGCAACACAGGAGCAGAUGUGUCAUCGAGAAGACCUGCAACGGUCAUGGUGCGGAGCUGGUGUGGAGAGGACAUCAGCACAGAGACUUCGCCCCUCCGAGGUCUGGAGAACUGCCUGAGGGACAUCCCGGUAAAUAGCCCUCACAUGCCAGCCACCAUCGCCUUGACCAGCCCCACGCAGAGAGACACAGGACAGAGGAGGCCAGGGGCCGAGACGAGAUCACUUGGAGAAGACAUCAGUGCAGAGAAUUCACCGCUGCGAGGCCUGGAGAACUGCCUGAAGGACAUUCUUGUACCGUGCCAUAGUCAGUCCAAUACCCCCGGCAGCCGCUCCUCUCUGAGCAGGUCACCGGCUCCGUGGGGCAGACUGGAGACAGCGGGGUGGCCAGUGAAAACAGAAGCAGGGUCUGUCUCAGAGGUCACGCCACCCCUCCAAGGCCUGGAGAACUGUCUGAAGGACAUACCCGUGGCCAGGCCCAGAGGCUCCAGUGCAACACCUAGUUCCUUCUGCACCAGCAAAGCCCUGGGAGAGGGGGAGCAGAGGAGACCGGUGCCGAGGCCCUGGAGAGCAUGUGCGGCCGCAGCUGGUACGGAGAGAUCCCCCCUCUAUGGACUGCUGAAGGAAAUACCCGCCGGCCGGCCGCGCUAUGCCAGCAUCCCGUCUAGCUGCUCCUCCAGCAGCAGUGCCGACGAGGAGAGGGACCCGUGGGGUGCCGGGACGGGGGCAUGGAGGUGGGGCAGUGAAGAACUGAGCCCCGAGAACUCCCCUCUCCGAGGCCUGGAGAAGUGCCUGCAGGAGAUCUCGGUGCCCAGGCCCCGGACCCCCAGCGCCCCAGCCACAGCCGGUGUGGUGGGCAGCCAGCAAGGAGAUACAGCGCAGAGGAGGCCAGAGACAGGGCAUUGGGACUGACACGGUUCAGCUACAGUCAGCGUCCGAGUCCUCGGCCCAGAGAGCUGUCUGAAGGCUCUGCCUGGAACCAGACCCAGGCAUGCCAGCCGCUCGUCUCCCCACAGCACAGCAGGAUGCAGCAGCCCAGAGACUGGGAUUUCGAGAUUUCGGGCUGAAGAUAAAAGGCAAGCGGAAAACCUCCCGGGCCUGGAGGAAGUAGCUGCACCCAGCUCCUGUCCUGCCCAGACCCCUCCCAAAAGCGCUCAGGGAGAUGCGGAGCGGCGGGAACAGGACGUAUACACGAGGAGCUCUGGUAGCAGAGAAGUGAUGCCAGCUGACGCCCCUCACUAUGGCCCUGCGACCUGCCCACAGGGAACCCAUGGAACUGGGCCCAGUCGUUCCAGCAUGCCGAGUGGUACCUUGCCUGCCCGCGAUGCCCCGGCCCACAGGCGUCCUAGGAGACCAGGGACAGGGGUUAAGAGACCACACACUGAAGCCAGGACAGAUGCUGCCCGACCCCCGCGCACCAGCUCCUGCACUUCUAGUGAAGAUGGUGGACAAAAGGCAGAUGCUGAGUGGGAGGAAUUUCCCAAGAGACAUUGCUCCAGUGCAGCACCAUCUCCCUGGGAGUGCUGUGGCUGGGAGAGCAGGACGCCCCUGGACCUCAGGGUGGAGAGGAGCGCGAUCGAGGCCGUCCUCUCAGAGAAGCUAGACCGGAUCUCCCAGGAUUUCAUGGCCAUGUGCAGGGAUGUGUCAAGCAUGCAGAGCCGCGUGGCCCAGCUGGAGCGGGACUCGAGGGGCUGGGCUCUCGAGCUGACUGCCCUCCAGAAAGACAACAAGCGCCUGAGUGAGACUGUCCGGCAGCUGGAGAGCCGCUGCCACAUGCUGGAGAACCGUGCCCGCUGCAACAGCCUGCGGCUGGCGGGCCUGCCGGAGGGGGCAGAAGGGGGAGACCCUGUCGCCUUCCUGCAGAGGACCCUGCCCACGGUGCUCAGCCUGCCAGCAGACUGGCCACCCCUGGAGAUCGAGAGCGCGCGCCGUGUGCACGGGGGGGUGCACUGGGACCCUGCCACCCGGCCCCGGGUGCUGCUCUUCCGCCUGCUGCGCUUCUCCGACAAGCUGGCCAUCAUGCGAGUGGUCAGGAAACGCACAGAGCCCCUGACCUGCGGUGGCGCCAGGGUCGCCCUCUUCUCGGAUGUCUGCCCCAAGCUGUGCCGGAGGAGGGGGGCGCGGUACGCGGCCGUCAGGAGGCUGUGGUGGGCAGCGGAGCUCCGCUUGGGCAAUCAGCCCUCCGGCUGCUGCCACAGCCGGGCACGAGGACACUGGGAGCCACUGCCCAGCCCCCCAGGGCAUGCGCUCGCUGCAGAUGAACAGGGGAGCAGAGUCACCAAAGGGCAGUGACAGAGAGCGGGAGACUUGGAGCUGCUGGCUCCGCUCACCCACCUUUGAGUCACAGGGUCCAUUUCCAUUCUGCCCCUGAGACCACAGCACCCCCUGGGUUCAGCCUGGAGCUCUCAGGGUCCCCUGACUGCAGCUAAGUGGCAGCACUCGGCUGGGUGAUUCCAGCAUGUCGUGUUUUCCCCUCCACGGUGUGCACCUGCUCUGCUCAGCUCACAGGCUGGGGGGCUCCAGGAACUGCAGAGCAAUAGAGACUCGGCCAUUUUCGGGGCCAGCACUGCGGGGAGCCCUUGUGUUGUAACAGGUGAGACAGCAUCAGAGCCCUGUGUUAGCAAGUGCUCAGGGAGCUGACCGGGUGCUAGGCAGUCUGCGGUGGGGGGCUGGGCUAGGGUCAGGCACUUGGAUUUGCUUUGCUCCCCCUGACAAUUGCUCCUGGCCAGCAGGGGAGAAAUUUGACAUUUCCCCUUUUUUUCCCCUGUCCAUCGCCACUGCUCAAGCCAGUGUCUUUUCUGUCCAGCUUCUACCCAGCCCCCGACUCUGGGUGAGUCGCGCCCGCUGCUACGUCUCGGCAGCAGCUUCCAGGGAAGAGCCUUCAGGUGCCCAGCCUGUGCGUGCAGGGGCAGAAACCUUCCUGGAGCAUCUCACUCACAGGGCCAUUGUCAGAGUACAGACUGCCAGCUCCCUACUCUCCUCUCCAACUCCCCAGGCAUCUCCCGGCACCCUGGAGAGUUUCUGGUUUUUCAGCACAGGGAGAAGCUGCCAGAUGUGGAGCCCUCUGCACCCAAACAGGUCCCACCCCCCACGUGCAUGAGCCCUGCCUUGGAGGGACCAUCUCUGAGCCAGAGGGAAGUUCAUUCUCAGUGGCCUCCUUCCUCCCACUCUGGCCGAGACUACAAACAAAGGGACAGAAGGCUCGAUCCUGCCAGGUGCUGAGCACUCCAGCCCUGCUGCAGCUAGGCAUGUUAGCUUGUGCUUAGCUUUAAGCACCUGGGUAACCCCUCUGAAGUCGGUGCUUUCCUGGAUCGAGGUCUGAGUGCUCAGUGCUGCAGGACUGAGCCACCCACUCCAGACCCAGCUGCACCCACCAACUCUCCCAGCAGCCAUCUGUGCGCGAUCGGAGCUGGAUUUGAAGUGGAGACCUGCAGCGAAAGGCUCCUGCACCCGUAACUAGGUCUCCUGUGCCUUAAUCUCACGCUGAUCUCAUCUCAAUAGGCCCCAAUCACUUCAGUGUCCAAGUGCCGAUCUCCCAACAAAGUUUUUUUUAUCAAAUGUAUUUCCAAGCUGUCCUGUCUGUGCACCCCCGUCCUGCGUGUAAAACACAGAGCUGAGCAGUGAGGCUGAAUGCAGACUAAGCCUAGGCAGGACUACGGUAGAGGAUGUCCCAUGUAUCGGGCCAAGCAGCCCUGUGAGUGGUUGCCUGGACGAUCCCAGCAUUUUAAGAGUUAAUCGAUCCAACAAAUCAUCCUGUUUGCUGCACAGAAGUGACAGGUGCGUCCCUGGACCCGUAUUUAUUAAGUUCCCUAAGCUAGCUCCAUGUCUCAGCCAAAAUUUACUGGAGCUGGAAUUUCUUUGUCUUCAAGACACCCUCUCCCUAUUCCCACUGGGCAGCUCAAAGACGUCUGGUUACAGGUGGGUCAUCUUCCGCUACCCACACCUGCCGCUUGAGUUCACCCCCACCCCCAGCUUUGCCAUGUAUUGCACCGGAUCCUGCUUUUCCGUGCUGGGCGGUGGCUGCUCUGCAGAGCAGGAGAGCUCUAACUCUGCUGGCUGCCCCAUCGCGCUCAGCUUUCCUCUAUCUUGGUGGCCCCAUUCAGUAGCCUCGAGGCACUGGGGGCCUGAUUCUGAGCUCUUACCAGUGAAAUCGGGAGUGACUCCACCAUCAGGAGCGGAGCCAGGCUGGAAGCUGGAGUGACGCUGCCAGCACUCCGGGCUGGAAUCCGGAGUG